CCGCCGCCCUUCUCCCGUCCCUGAUCUGUGCUGGUGACCACAGCAGCUGAAAAUAAGCUCCUGGAAGCAGGGGAGGUGGUGAAGUGGGGCUGCCAAGUGGGACUAUUUAUACUGAGUGAGUCAGGGCCGUGCCUGGAUCCCACCGGACACUGAGGAGAACCCAGGAGUGACCUGCAAAGGGCAGAGCCUUGGAUAGGAGUCCCUUCCCUGCAGCAGCCGGUUUGCUGCAAGGCUCGGGCUCGUCCUGUUUACGCCCCGUGAUGGCCUUCACCUUUCCCUCCAGCUCUGCCGCAUGGCGCCCGGUGAGGUUGGAUGAAGAGCAGCCGGAUCCACGGAAGCGCUCUUGGCCCCGGCACUGCCACAGCAAGCGCAGCCUGAGCCUGGUUGGCCAAGGAUGCCAGGACAGCCACUUGCAGCCACUGGAGUGCCGGGAUCUGCUGGUACAGAACGCGCUCUUCACCGGGGACCUGGAGAUGGUGCGGAAGUACUUCACCAAGGGCGCAGCCGUCAACCUCAUCAUCGAGGCCAAAGGCGAUGAGCUGCGCUGGACCAGCAGGAAAUUUGGUCUGUGGUCUCUGAGCUACGCGCAGGAGCUCACCACACCGCUGCACAUCACCGCGAGCCGCGGCUACACCGACUGCCUGCAGCUCCUGCUGCUGCGCGGCGCAGCUGUCGACUUCGCACCCGGCGGUAAAACCGCUCUGCACGAGGCGUGUGCUGCAGCCCGGACCGACUGCACGCGGCUGCUGCUCAGCUGCGGCGCUGACCCCGAGGCCAUCUCUGAGGACGGCUACAGACCCCUGCAUCUCUGCAAGAGCCCAGACUCCAUCAGGUGCGUCCAGCAGCUGCUGCAGCACGGCGCCAGCGUGAACAGCCGGACAGACAUGGAAGAUGACACGGCGCUGCACGUAGCAGCACGGCAUGGCCUGGUGGACCAUGUCCAGCUGCUCUUGCGCCAUGGAGCAGAGCUGGAGGCGAAGAACAACGAGGGGCAGACACCGCUGAAUGCUGCCUGUGCUCAGCCCCACCAACCCCAGGACAUGGACCGAUUCUACCUGGUGUGCCGGCUGCUGGUGGAGAGCGGCGCGAGCGUCAAUGCCGCAGACAGGGACCGUCAGCACCCACUUCACCUGGCCUCCAAGAACGCCAAUGCUCAGAUUGCAGAGUUACUGCUGGCCCGGGGCGCAAAUGUCAACGUCAUGAACUACAGCGGCAACACGGCGCUGCACAACGCCCUGCAGGCAACUGCCUACAAGUUGGAGCACCACCCCGAGCUGGUGGUGCAAGCUCUGCUCAACUACGGUGCCGUCCGCGUCUGGCCCGGCUCCCUCCUCAAGGUGCUGCGGUACUGCCACACCUGCCCACGCGCCGUCGAGGCCCUGAUCAACAGCUAUGACCGCAUCCGUGUCUCCGAUGACUGGGUGGAAGCGGUGCCAGCGGAGGUUGUCCAGAAAUACCCACGUUUCUACCAGUCUCUCUUCUCCCUGGAGCACAGACCUCGCUCCUUGCAGCAUUUGGCUCGCUGCACACUCAGGACCUUCCUGGAAGGACGGUUGCUUCAGGUCCUGCCUCAGCUGCACCUGCCCAGGGCCCUGCAGCGGUUUCUGCUGCUCAGCUUUGAGGAUGUUCUCUACUAAGGGCUGUGGUUCUGGUCCUACAGUGUCCACUGUCCACCCCUACCAGCGCAGACUGCGCCUUCCCAGCCUUCUCCUUCUCCUCAAACACCUCCUGCCAGGCCACCGCACCCUUCCCAUGCCGAACCCGUCGCUGUGUCCCUGUCCCAGCUAGCCUUGUCCUCUGCCUCAUGCUCCAGUUCUGGAGCUUUCCUCACCCAUCGUAACCAGGACAACCUCCAGGUUCACUGAGAAAAGCAGGAUAUGGGCGUUAGGGCAUUUGUGGGACAAGGAGCAAACACACUUCCUUGGUCACAGUUUUAGUUGUAGGACAUCUGUCUCCACAUCCCAGAUCCACAAACUCUAACUCAAACCAGGCAGCUCUGCAGCCGUGGGCUGUUGUUGGGAUCCUGUCUUCAGUCACAGAAUCAUGGAAUCUCGAGGUGGGAAAAGACCUUUGAGAUUAUCGAGUCCAACUGUGCCUGUCUUCUACUGAAUCAUAUCCCAAAGCACCUCAUCUGCCCAUCUUUUAAACCCCUCCAGGGACGGGGACUCCACCACCUCCCAGGACAGCCCCUUCCAGUGCUUGAGAACCCUUUCAGUGAAGAAGUUUUUCCUGAUGUCCAACCUGACAUUAGGAAUUGUUGUUUACAGUUUGUACCCAAAGGUGUUUGGACUAAACCCUGGUCUUCACACUUUCCAGAGUUGAGCUCCUGCCUUGCCUUGAGGGCUGUCCUGACAGCUCAUCUGUGUGCCACGCUGUACGAGGUGGGGGGCCCUGGCCCAGAGCAGUGGUGGCUGCCCCAUCCCUGGAGGGGUUCCAGGCCAGGUUGGAUGGGACUUGGAGCCCCUGGUCCAGUGGGAGGGGUCCCUGCCCAUGGCAGGGGGUGGUAUUGGAUGGGCUUUGGGGUCCCUUCCAACCCAACCCAUUGCAGUGCUACAGACUUGGGGAAGCGUGGCUAGAAAGCUGUCCGGAAGAGAAGGAUCUAAGGGUGUUGAUUGACUGAACAUGAACCAGCAGUGGCCCAGGUGGCCAAGAAGUCCAAUGGCAUCUUGGCUUGGAUCAGGAACGGCGUGGCCAGCAGGUCCAGGGAGGUGAUUUUGCCCCUGGGCUUGGCCCUGGUGAGACCACACCUCAAAUACUGUGUUCGGCUCUGGGCCCCUCAUGACAAGAAGGAUGUUGAUGCUCCGGAGCGUGUUCAGAGAAGAGCAAGGAAGCUGGGGAAGGGGCUGGAGAACGAGUCUUACAAGGAACAGCAGAGGGACCUGGGGUUGUUUAACCUAGUGGUUCCAUGAUUCUAUGUUAAUUGAGUCUCUGGCUUUUACUAAUUUACCCGGGACAUCCUUUGGCUGCUGCUCUGGGAUUAUCCGGGAUGUGUGUUGAUCUCCCUGCUCUGUAGUUUCUCGGCUGUCCAUAUGAACACGUUUAAAUUCUGGAAAAGUGUUGGAUUCCACCCUGACCCCCAGUUCUCUCGAGUUCCCCCUUGUGCCACGACUUGUUAUAAAGGAGAAAAUCAAUGCUCAGUGAACUCAAUUAAAGCCUCCUGGACGUGCGCCAUCCUCCAGCAGAUGAUGAACACUGCUACUGAGACAGUUUCUCUUUCACAUAUUCCAUAAUUACUGAUGGAAUAGAAAAUAUUUGGUUACCACUGUGAAAUACAAACAUUAUCUGUGGUUGUUUCAAAUUCGGAGCACAAAUAAGCUUUGAGUUCUUGGUUUUCAUUGUGCAGAACGUGCGUUUGCACAUGGAACCCUGGGGCAGAUGCCCAGCAACUGUGAUGCUUGGGACUCCCUGCUGCUGGGACAUCUUGCUCCGGAAUCGGCAUUGCAAAAAACCUGAGAAACUGGAGAGGGUUCAGAGAAGAACCUCAAGUGAGUUCUGGACUGGACAUGAUUCCUGGCAGUGGGAGGUUCGGAGGCAGGUGUGGGAUACUUGGAGCCCUGCGGGCAGUCGUAGGCGCUUGUUCUUCGGUCUCAGAUUUACGACGCAGGAAAAGGUGACAGUGCUCUGAGAAUCACAGAGUCCUGCAAUGCCCUGAGCUGGAGGGGAACCACAGGAAUCAUCAAGUCCAGCUCCUGUGUCUGCAUAGGAGAACAGACACAGCAUCCUCCCUCCAUCGCUGUGCUGACAUCCAUCAUGGUCCUCACCUGCUCGCACUCUCCACCCUUGUGCUGACAUCCAUUGCUGGGACGUUCCGAGGUCCCAGCUGAAGAUCUCAUUGAGCACUGCCUGUUCUGAGUGGCUCUUAGAGGCAAAUCCAGAUCCAGCAGCUGAAAAUUGGGGCUGAGCAAACACAUAUUAGAAACGAGACACAUUUUUAAUAGCAAGGGUAAUUAAUCUCCUAGUUAAUUGCAUCUUGGAAUAGCUGAUCAUGGUGGAUGUAUAUUUUUCAUCUCUAUCUUUUCCAAAGGCACCGCAGAUCUUCCCUGGCCCGGACCAGGGUUCAUCCCGUGUGGUCCUCAGCGCACAUCUCAGGGGAUGAAACUGCUUAAUCACAGACCCGUGAUCCACAGUAUCCUCACUCCUCCAUGCCGCUCUGUCCCACUGGGGCUGUGUUUGGCCCCAGGGGGAUGGAGAUGCUUCCCAUGUCCCUCACCAGCGCUACUCACCCUAUUGGUUCUUCAUUGAUGGCUCCGACUUCCCCUCAGCCUCCUUUGUGUCCGAACUGCCAGAUCCCUCGGGUUCCUUGCUCUGAAUUCACUGCCUGUUCUGGUUUUGGAAACAACAAUAAAUGGU